GCGGAUUCAACUAGCGCGCGGGGCCCGCAGCCCCCUCCUCACGCCCCCUGCCCGGGAAGCGUGCGUCGCGCUUGUGUGUGCGUCAUCACGCCACGCCACUGCUCCAGCCCAGGGAAGAUGGCGGCAGCCGUUCUGAGUGGGCCCUCUGCGGGCUCCCCGGCUGGAGCUGCCGGCGGGGCGGGGGGCCUCUCGGCGGCGGGGUCGGGUCCGCGUCUGCGUCUGCUGUUGCUGGAGAGCGUUUCCGGGCUGCUGCAGCCGCGAACUGGGUCCUCGGUGGCUCCUGUACAUCCCCCGGUGCACUGGGCCCCACACUUGCCUGGGCUUAUGUGCCUGUUACGGCUGCAUGGGACGGUGGGUGGGGCCCAGAACCUUUCAGCUCUUGGGGCAUUGGUGAAUCUCAGUAAUGCACAUCUUGGUUCCAUCAAAACCCGAUUUGAAGGCCUGUGCCUGCUGUCCCUCCUGGUCGGAGAGAGUCCCACAGAGUUGUUCCAGCAGCACUGCAUUUCUUGGCUUCGGAGCAUUCAACAGGUGUUGCAGUCCCAGGACCCACCACCCACCAUGGAGUUGGCUGUGGCUAUCCUGAAGGACCUGCUCCGAUACGCAUCCCAGCUUCCUACACUGUUCCGGGACAUCUCCACCAAUCACCUCCCUGGGCUUCUUACUUCUUUACUGGGCCUCAGACCAGAGUGUGAACAGUCAGCAUUAGAGGGGAUGAAGGCUUGUGUGACCUACUUUCCUCGGGCUUGUGGUUCUCUGAAAGGCAAGCUGGCCUCGUUUUUCCUAUCUCGGGUGGAUGCCUUGAGCCCUCAGCUUCAGCAGUUGGCCUGUGAGUGUUACUCCAGGUUACCCUCUUUAGGUGCUGGCUUUUCCCAGGGCCUGAAGCACACGGAGAACUGGGAACAGGAGCUGCACAGCCUGUUGGCCUCACUGCACAGCUUGCUGGGGGCCCUGUAUGAAGGAGCAGAAAUGGCUCCUGUGCAGAGCGAAUGCCCUGGAGUGGAGACUCUGCUUGCCCAUUCAGAAGAUGGUAACACUCAUGUCCUCCUCCGACUUCAGCAGAGGUUUUCAGGACUGGCCCACUGCCUGGGGCUCAUGCUCAGCUCGGAGCUCGGAGCACCUGUGUCCAUGCCUGUGCAGGAAAUCCUGGAUCUCAUCUGCCGGAUCCUCAGCAUCAGUGGCAAGAAUAUUAGUUUGCUUGGAGAUGGUCCUCUGAGGUUGCUGCUGCUGCCCUCUAUCCACCUUGAAGCCUUGGACCUUCUCUCUGCACUCAUCCUUGUGUGUGGAGGCCGGCUCAUGCGUUUUGGGACCCUGAUCAGCCGCCUGCUUCCCCAGGUCCUCAAUACCUGGAGCACUGGGAGGGACACUUUUUCUCCAGGCCAAGAGAGACCUUACAGCUCCAUUCGAACCAAGGUGUAUGCUAUCUUAGAGCUGUGGGUGCAGGUUUGUGGGGCCUCAGCAGGUAUGCUUCAGGGAGGAGCCUCUGGAGAGGCCUUGCUCACCCACCUGCUCAGUGACAUCUCCCCACCAGCUGAUGCCCUUAAGCUGCGCAGCCCCCAGGGAAGCUCUGAUGGAGGUUUACAAAGUGGGAAGCCCAGUGCCCCCAAGAAGCUAAAGCUGGAUGUGGGGGAAGCAAUGGCCCCAUCCAGCCAUCGGAAAGGAGAUAGCAACGCCAACAGCGAUGUGUGUGCUGCUGCAUUGAGAGGCCUCAGCCAGACCAUCCUUAUGUGUGGGCCUCUCAUCAAGGAGGAGACUCACAGGAGACUUCAUGAUCUGGUCCUGCCCCUGGUCAUGGGACUCCAGCAGGGAGAUGUUCUGGGCAGUUCUCCUUACAACAGUUCCUGCUGCCGCCGUGAGCUCUACCGCCUGCUGCUGGCUUUACUGCUGGCACCUUCCCCUCGCUGCCCACCUCCUCUUGCCUGUGCCCUACAAGCUUUUUCUCUUGGCCAGCGAGAAGGUAGCCUUGAGGUCUCUUCUUUCUGCUCAGAAGCACUGGUGACCUGUGCUGCUCUCACACAUCCUCGAGUUCCUCCCCUGCAGGCCAUGGGCCCCACCUGUUCCACACCUGCCCCAGUUCCUCCUUCUGAGGCCCCAUCUCCAUUCAGGGCCCCACCCUUUCAUCCUCCAGGCCCUAUGCCCUCCAUAGGUGCUAUGCCCUCUCCAGGCCCUGUGCCCUCAGCAGGCCCAAUGUCCUCAACAGGCCCCAUGCCCUCAGUAGGCCCAAUGUCCUCAGCAGGACCCAUGACUUCAGCAGGACCCAUGCCCUCUACAGGUCCUGUGCCCUCUCGCCCUGGACCUCCAGCAACCACCAACCACUUAGGCCUUUCUGUCCCAGGCCUGGUUUCUGUCCCACCCAGGCUCCUCCCUGGCCCUGAAAACCACCGUGCAGGCUCCAAUGAGGACUCCGUCCUUGCUCCUAGUGGGACUCCUCCACCUAGUAUACCCCCAGAUGAAACUUUUGGGGGGCGAGUACCCAGGCCUGCCUUUGUUCAUUAUGAUAAGGAGGAGGCAUCUGAUGUGGAGAUCUCCUUGGAAAGUGACUCUGAUGAUAGUGUGGUGAUCGUGCCUGAGGGGCUUCCACCUCUGCCACCUCCACCACCUUCAGGCUCUCCUCCACCCCCUGUGGCCCCCACUGGGCCACCAACAGCCUCCCCUCCUAUGCCAGCCAAGGAGGAGUCUGAAGAACUUCCUGCAACUCCAGGGCCUCUACCCCCACCCCCACCGCCACCCCCACCUGCUUCUGGUCCUGUGGCACUUCCACCACCCCAGCUGGUCCCUGAAGGAACUGCUGGAGGGGGAGGACCCCCAGCCCUGGAAGAGGAUUUGACAGUUAUUAAUAUCAACAGCAGUGAUGAAGAGGAGGAAGAAGAGGAGGAAGAGGAAGAGGAGGAAGAUGAGGAUGAAGAGGAAGAAGACUUCGAGGAAGAUGAAGAAGAGGAGGAAGAAUAUUUUGAGGAGGAAGAAGAGGAAGAAGAAUUUGAAGAGGAAUUUGAGGAGGAAGAAGGUGAGUUAGAAGAGGAGGAGGAGGAGGAAGAAGAGGAAGAAGAAUUGGAAGACGUGGAAGAUAUGGAAUUUGGUUCAGCAGGAGGGGAGAUAGAAGAAGGUGGACCUCCACCCCCAACUCUGCCUCCAGCUCUGCCCUCUGCAGACUCCCCCAAAAUACAGCCUGAGCCAGAUGCUGAACCUGAACCUGGGCUCUUGCUGGAAGUGGAGGAGCCAGGGACAGAGGAGGUGCCUGGGCCUGAGACAGCCCCCACCCUGGCCCCUGAGGUUCUUUCCUCCCAGGAGGGGGUGGAGCAGGAAGGGGGAAGCCCCGUAGCAGGGCCACCUCUUCCAGAGACUGUAGAAGAAGAGUCCUCUGCUCCUCCUACCCUGCUGGAAGAGGGGACUGAGAGUGGUGGUGACAAGGUGCCACCCCCAGCAGAGACAUCUGCAGAAGAAGAGAUGGAGACAGAAGCAGAAGCCACAACUGUCAAGGAGAAGGAGCAGGAUGACACAGCUGCCAUGCUGGCUGACUUCAUCGAUUGCCCUCCUGAUGAUGAGAAGCCACCACCUGCUACAGAGCCUGACUCUUAACCCUUUCUGCACCCCAACACUUUGUAUCCAAUAAAGUUAUAUCCAUA